AAUUGUUUUGCGUUCCAAUGGAAAAGUGAGAAGUGAAGAGAAUGCGGGUUGUUUGUUGCUCCAAUUCAGGCGUGAGUGCCACUCUUCCAUCUUUCCCUUGUCCCAGAUUCCCUCCACUCAUUGCAAUUUCUUCGAUCCGCUUUCUAAAUUCCACACCCCUCCGUUCCACUGCUUCGCCGCGACAAGUUACAAGAAUGGCUUCGAAGAAUGCUCAACAAGACACGCGCUUAGCCAGAAUCGCCUCUGCGAUCCGAGUCAUCCCCGACUUUCCUAAGCCAGGAAUUUUGUUUCAGGACAUAACCACGCUGCUUCUUGAUACAAAGGCUUUCAAAGACACCGUUGACUUGUUUGUUGAGAGGUACAGAGAUCAAAACAUCAAUGUUGUCGCAGGAGUUGAAGCAAGGGGCUUUAUAUUUGGUCCACCCAUUGCAUUAGCUAUUGGAGCAAAAUUUGUCCCCAUGAGGAAACCCAAUAAAUUGCCUGGGGAGGUUAUCUCAGAAGAGUAUUCUUUGGAGUAUGGAACAGACAAAAUGGAGAUGCAUGUAGGGGCUGUACAACCUGGAGAACGAGCCUUAAUCAUAGAUGAUCUUAUUGCCACUGGGGGAACGUUAGGUGCAGCAAUUAAGCUUCUAGAACGUGUUGGGGUGCAUGUUGUGGAGUGUGCUUGUGUGAUUGAAUUACCAGAGUUAAAGGGGCGGGAUAGGCUGGGAGACAAGUCGCUGUUUGUCUUGAUUAAAGGGGGAGCCUGAUUUUGUGUUUUUAUUAUUUUAGCUGGCUCUUGUUAGGAGCUUUAUUGAUGGCUGCUUAGAUUUCCUCAAGAUAUAUAUUUUGAUGCUGCGGAAACGGAAAGCUCAGUUCUGCUCAAUUAUUGUUAUUAUCAUUAUCUGUGACGAUUGACGAAUGAGAGAACGACGGCUAUAAUAUAGGACUUGCUUGCCCCUUGGCAGCGGAAACUUAAAUUUAAUGACACAUGUAAAAGGAACGGAACUCCAUCUGAUGCUCGUUUGGAGUGUGCUUCCUUAAAACUGAUAUGCUCAUAACGUAUAGCCACAGAUAUGCAUCAAGUCACGAUCAAAUUAAUUUAAUUAA